CAAAGCAUGUCCGCUAUCGACAACAUCCCACUCUUGUCGAUAAGGAUCAACAUACGCAGCCAAGAAGGACCGUAGGAGAUUCCACACGCAGGAGACGCUCAGAAAGCGGGGAAGGUGUGCGCGCGGUUUACGCCGCGGCCGUCUCCGUGCUUCGUCAGGCGCAUACUUCAACAACGAGUCUGUCAAGACGGCAUAGAAUCAGUACCUCAACAUGGCAACCGACCGUACACCGGUCUCAAACCCCGUGCAAUCAUUCUGGACGUCAGAAUCUGAUCCUAACGAUAAUCUACGUACCACGGAUGAUCUCCCUAGUGAAGCAGAUAUUGUCAUAAUCGGUGCGGGGUUUGCUGGAGUUGCUACAGCUUACCAUAUCCUUACAUCAUCCUCUCCAGUUGCAUCACCAUCCGUUCUUAUCCUCGAUACUCGUAAGAUCUGCUCUGGGGCUACAGGUCGCAACGGCGGGCACGUGAAGCCGGAUCUCUACUUCAACGUCUCGAAAUAUGUUUCCAUGUACGGCACGAGCGCCGCGGCGGAGGUGGCUUCUUUCGAAGCGGCGAACGUGUCUGCGGUAAAAGACCUCGUUGAGACUGAGGGGCUAGACUGCGACUUCCAUCUCACCAGAGCGAUCGAUGUGUAUCUGGAUGCUGAGCAUGCGAGGCAAACAAUUGAGGCGUGGAAGAAGCUAAGGCGAGAGAAGACGAUUGACUUGAGAGACGUGGCUUACAUUCCUGAGAAAGAUGUCGAAAGGAUUUCUGGUGUGAAGGGUGCGCAUUGUGCCUUCAGCUUCACCGCAGCGCACGUGUGGCCGCGAAAGAUGGUGCAUCAACUAUUAGCGAAGCUACUUGAGCAGGACUAUAACUUGAACGUACAAGCAAACACGCCGGUGACCUCUGUGUCCGAUGUCAUAGACGAGACUGGCCGGUGGACGAUUCAGACACUACGCGGUGCGAUCAAAGCCAGGAAGGUAGUUCACGCCACUAAUGGCUACACUAGUCAAGUUCUACCGGAGUACGCACGGGGUAUCACGCCGAUUCGUGGCGUGUGCAGCCAUAUCGACAGUCCGCUGAAGCGACAAACGCCACAUCUCAAUAACACAUACGCCAUCCGUUUUGAUUCUCGAAAUUACGACUAUCUCAUUCCCCGAACCGACGGAAGCAUUAUUGUUGGAGGCGCGAGGCAGCGAUUCUGGCAUAAACCCGAGCGCUGGUUCAACACAGUGCGCGAUAAUGAGCUUGUUGAUGAAGCCUCAUCAUACUUUGAUGGAUACAUGCAGCGCUAUUUCAGUGGGUGGGAGAACACGCAAGCCGAAACGAAGAAGGUUUGGACUGGUAUCAUGGGCUACAGCGCAGACUUCAUGCCACAUAUUGGCUCAGUACCGGGGAAACCGCAUCAGUUCAUUAUUGCUGGAUUCAACGGCCAUGGGAUGCCGCAGAUUCUGCUAUCGAGCAAAGGUUUAGCUGCUAUAGUGCGAGAUGGAGUACCAUUCGAGCAGACUGGUCUACCUCGACUAUUCGAAACAACAAAGGAAAGGAUCGAGCGACGCGACAGCCCGCUUGAAGACUCCUUCCGUCCGCUGUGGGAAGAGCAUGCCAAGUCGAAGCUAUAAGGAUAAGAUCUCCGCGAUGCGAUUACAGCCAUGUCUGCUAUCUUCAUCUUCGAAGCGGGCUAUACUUCUGACGUAUAGAUCAAGCAAGGGUUGGGGAGAACUAGAAAGGGGGAGUGAGACGACGAAUUGCGCUGAAGGGAUCAAAGUGGGAUUGGGAUUUACAGAGCAUAGUUGGCGGCUUCUUCGGGGACAAUAUAGACGGCCUUCUAUAUGUUUUGGGUAACCUUCAUAGUCACAAUCACGAAAC